CGGUCGCUCGGUUGGUUUUUGUGGCGACUCUUCACUGCUGCAACUGAGCUGCGUUAGCUUGUAUCUGCAGGGUUAGCAGCUGGUGGUGGUGCUGCAGAUGGAGUUUGAGAAUGGCGGAUAAAAAGGGAAAAACUGUGAUCAAAACAAGGAAAGAACAAGAAAAGAUUAAGAAAAAGGAGGAAGAAAAAGCAGCAGAGGUUUUUGAGGAGUUCUUGGCCUCUUUCGAGAGCAACCAGAAAACCGGAGUAAAGACUUUUGUCCGCGGUGGUAUCGUGAAUGCAACUAAAGAGGAGGAAGCAGCAGAGGUCAAGAAAAAUAAGCUGUAUCGACCUCCGACAAAGUUUGUCCCUGGGUCCCAGAAUGUCUCCCCAGUAUCAUCCUCUGAAAGCAGAAAGGCUACAUUUAAAAGAAGGACAGAUGAAAAGAAGAAGAGUAAUCUCGAACUCUUCAAAGAGGAACUUAAGCUAAUACAAGAAGAACGUGAGGAAAGGUAUAAAAGGAAGAAAAAUGACCCUGGCACAGGAGGAGGAAGUGUUGGAGGUGGAGGAGGAGCAUAUGGCGAUCUGGAUAUACCAUUAUCAGGUCGAUCAACAUUAUAUGAUGACCUGACUGUGCCAACCACCACUAACCUCUACAUCAGCUGCAUUAGCCCAAAGAUGAAUGAGGAGUUGCUGUGCAAAGAGUUUGGUAAGUAUGGUCCCCUAGCCAGUGUGAAGAUCAUGUGGCCCCGCACUGACGAGGAGCGCAACAGGACCUCCAACAGAGCCUUUGUGGCGUUCAUGACACGGAAAGACGCAGAGCGAGCCCUGGCUUCACUCGAUGGUAAAACGAUUAUGGGUUUUGAAAUGAAGCUGGGGUGGGGAAAACCAGCUCGCAUUCCACCUCAGCCUCUCUACACACCGGUGGGGGUGAGGGCCACGCCGCCUCCCCCUUCCGGUCUGCCUUUCAAUGCCCAGCCGAGGGGUCGCUUCCGCAAUGACUUCACUAAGCCACUGGGCGUGUCCAAAGGGGAGCUUGACAAGACUCUGUCCGAAGCCGUAGUCAAAGUGGUUAUCCCAACCGAAAGGAAUCUAUUAUUACUUAUUCACAGGAUGAUAGAGUUUGUGGUGCGUGAAGGACCUGUAUUUGAAGCCAUAAUAAUGAACAAGGAGAAAAACAAUACAGACUACAAGUUCCUUUUUGACAACAAAAGCCAAGAUCAUGUGUACUACCGCUGGAAACUGUUCUCCAUUCUCCAGGGUGAGUCCCCGACAGAGUGGAGAACCACAGAUUUCCGUUUGUUUCGAGGAGGCUCCUUGUGGAGACCCCCUGUCCUACACAACUACUCUCAGGAGGAAGAGGGGACAGAAGCAGAGGAAGAAGCUUCUCCUGAGGAGGAGGUGAAGAAAGGGCAGCUCAGAAAUGAGCACAGGCUGAGACUGGAGAUGUUGCUUAAAGAGCUCACCCCAAGCCGAGAAGAUAUAGCCGGCGCCAUGCUGUUCUCUCUUGAGCGGGCAGAUGCAGCGGAGGAAGUCGUGGGACUCAUCGCUGAAUCUUUCGCUUUGCUUCAGACGCCCCUUCAGAAGAAGAUUGCCAGAUUGUAUCUCGUGUCAGACAUCUUGCAUAACUCGUGUGCCAAAGUCGCUGGUGCAUCAUAUUAUAGGAAAUAUUUUGAAACAAACCUAUCCCAGAUAUUUGCAGACCUUAAUGCAGCACACAAAAAUAUACAAGCCAGGCUGCAGGCUGAGCAGUUUAAGCAAAAGGUCAUGAGUUGUUUUAGAGCAUGGGAAGACUGGGCCAUAUACCCCGAGCCUUAUCUCAUCCACCUUCAAAACAUCUUUCUGGGCUUUGCCAAAGCAGUGGAAGAGCUGCCGGAGACAGCAGAGAAAUCAUCCUUUGAGCUGGAUGGUGCGCCCAUGGACAACGCACCAAUAGAUGGGUUACCUUUGGACCGAGCUCCUGUGGACGACCUGGACGGCUGCCCCAUGGGCUGGGACCCUCUGGAUGGAGUCCCCUCCGAUGACUUGGAUGGCGUUCCUUUAGGAGUCGUUGUGGAUGACAUCGAUGGAAUGCCCUUGGAUGACGGCAACGCUCCCCUCUCAAUAGUGCCUUUGUCUAAGUGGGAGAAGACAAGUGAUACCGGGACUUUUUCUGACGCAAAGGCCAAGUCUAAGUGGGACACGCUGACGGAGCAAGACGGUGAAGAUGAAGUGAAUGUCAGCGUCAAGUCUCAGGACGUGGAGGAGGACUCAGAGAGUGACAGCACUGAUGAAGACUCCGGCAGUUCAUCAAAAUAUGAAAGUGCAGACUUCCAGAGCUCCCUCCGAAGCUUUCAGAUGUCUGAGAGCAAACGUAAGAAGUUGAGAGAGCUGGAGGUGAAGGUUGUGAAGUUCCAAGAUGAGCUGGAAUCUGGCAAGAGGCAGAGAAAGUCUGGAAUGAACAUACAACAACAAGUGGAGCACUACAGAAACAAACUGCUGCAGAAGGAGUUUGAGAAAGAUGAAGAAAAGACAGAGAGAUCAUCAUCGAAGUCCAAAGACAGGUCAAAAGAGGACAGAAGGGACAAAGACAGGAGCAAAAGAAGUGAAGAUGGAGACAGAAAACAAGGACGGAGUCGAGAUCCAGAUGACAAGACUCAGAAAUCGCGGAGUAUCUCUCCUCUAAGGAACAGGUCUCCUAAACGGUCCAAACGUUCCAAAUCACCGUCUCCUGACCGAAAGGCAGGAAAGUCCAGAUCCCGGUCACCUCACCGCUCCCACAAGAAGACGAAGAAGAGCAAACAUUGACUCUCAGCUCGGGAACUUGACCUCCAUUCGCUUGCUGGUGUCCAUGGGUUGGACGCUGCCCCCCCGCAGCGCUCUUUAAACAGACGGACACUUCAGUACGCCGAGUCCUGACUUACACUAUCAUGCAAGAUUCAGCACCCUUUUGUAUCAUGAAGUUUGAACACUGUAACUAAUUAAAUAUAUUUUGUUUUAAUGUUUGUUUUUAAAAUGUCAACCAGAAAUGUCGCUGCAAAGAUCCGACACAAAAAUAAAUCACUCUUGGUGAUGAACUGUG